AUGUCUUUACGUCUGAUGGAUGUACUAUGUUUAUCUGGGGCCGACUUCCAAGAAACUAUACAUCCAAUUAUAUCAAUUUUGAUAUAUUUGAUCGUUGCCAUAGGGAUCGUUGGGAACGCCAUUGUUAUGUACGUCAUCGCCAGCGACCGGAAGUUACAUCGGGGACCACUCUAUUUCCUCACUUGCGUUUGCCUAAUGGACAUUUCAAAGAGUAUUUUCUGCCUGCCAUUUUCUAUAGAGGUUGUGCUUAUGGAUUUUAAGUGGAUAUACAGCCAAGAGACGUGCACGGUGCUUGCGUUCUCCACGUCUUUCUUCACAGUUUCCACCGCCAUCGGACUGCUUGCCAUAGCCAUCGAUAGAUACCUGUCGAUAUCAUCGACCAGAUUCUAUUACAAAUGUUCGCAUGGUUUGGUGAUAUUCUCCUUCAUAAUUGUCGGGUGGGGUGUAGCCUUUUGCUUGUCAUUUCCGCCGAUUUUCGACAAGAUAGCGUACAGGUUUGUUUUGCUCGAGAUGCAGUGUACAUUUUUCCACGCCCAGUAUCAGGAAAACGAAACGCUUGGAUAUACAAUAACCUUUAUAGCAAUACUUACGGUGACAGUGUUCCUGUACUUACGACUGUUUUUAUUUAUGAGGUCACACCGGCGAAUGACGCCGAUGUUUCACGAACCAGCAAGGAGCUCUGACUGGACGUUCUUCGGCCCGGGUGCCAACGGGCAGGCUUUGACCAACCUUCUUAAUGGUUUCGGAAGCGGACCGAAUCACACGCAGUCUGCGUAUGCAACAAAUAAUCAAAUACAUUUCGGUCGUUCGGUGAAUCUUCGGGUAUCAAAGAACGAGCACUUAUCUCGCUUGUUUUUUGCGACAAGCUUAACAUUCACGUGUCUGUGGAUUCCGUAUUUUAUUCAAAGUUUCUGUAAAGUUUUUAAUCACUCGACGCCCAUGCCAGCACCGUUCAUAGUAUUUUCGACGGUUCUGUGUAAUUCGCACGUGGCGGUGUGUCCUUUGGUGUUUCUGCUGCUCGGCAGUCCGGUGCGAACGUCAUUGUUCAGUCGCGCGCGUCAGUGGUGCAAUAAGCAAACGUAUACCGGGGUUCCCAUUCGACCGGAAGAGGAAAUAUCUAGAGAGUCUGGCAUCCGCUGUGUAGAACUCACUGUAUAA